GCCGCCCGGAUCACACUUUGCGACGCGCUUCUUCUUCGUGAGGAGCUCAUUCGUUUGAAACGUGUUUCCAGUCCAACACACUUUUAUUCCAUCUGCUCAGCAACAUGUCUUGUCACGAGGAUUGCACAGACGACCACGGCAUGCGAGGCCAAUCCAAGCUGGAGAGCUUCCUGUUCUCGUGCGAGUUGUCCUCCAAAGUCCCUUUCUUCACUUUCCAGGCGGACGAAGAGGAGGACCUGGAGCACUUCCUCGAGCUCAGAACGAUUUGUCUGGGAGAAGGCGCCAAGGAGGAGAGCAACAUGGUGGAGGUAACGGCCAUGAACCACCAGGGAAAGACCGUCUCAGUGCCCAUCGCCAACCUGCACAUCAGCUGUCUACCCAUGGUGAGUCUGGGGGAGUUUGAGCUCAAAGCCCCGGUGACCAUCCGACUCAGGGCCGGGUCCGGGCCGGUUAAUGUCAGCGGGCUGCACCUUAUUGCCUCGGCGGCUGACGACUCUGAUCUGUCUGAGGAGGAGAGUGAAGAUGACGAGGAGGAAGAGAUCACCCCCAUUAAGCCAGCAAAGAAGAAGCAGCAGAAGCAGUAGGCAGAGCGAGAGAGAGAGAGGUGGCAGAUUCUCACUCACUCACACACUCUCUGGUCACUUUUGAGAGACGCCACAGAUUUUUGUACCAGACGGACUCACUCUGCAGAGCUGCUACUUCUUCCACACAGUCACGUGACCGCUCACUGGGCGGCAGCUACACACGCUGUGGGAGGAAGGAGCAUCACGACGGGUUCGGGUGUUCUCGCCUCUCCUCUCAGUCUGAGCAGUGUAAUUAACUGCGCUUUAAGACAUUCACUUAUAGAAGAACUGUUUUUUUUAUAUCAAAUGACACCUGGUGUUUUAUACUGUAUAUGAUGCAGUCACGCUGACAUGGAUUUACUGCACCCGUGCUAAAAAAAAAAAGUCCUUCACCUCGAGUGGAUCCUGGGAUUGCCUCGAAGAAACGGUUCUUUUCCAAAGUUUACUUGCGUUUCCUCUUGAAAAGAAGAGUUUCCUGAUUAUUUUGUUUCAGCUGAAUGGUGCAGUUUACAUUCGUACAGUUUAUUAAAUGUUUCACAAGAAUCUCCAUUUCCUCUUGUUUGUAUUUUCAAAUCAGCGUUUUUUUCUAUGUGACAUAAAUGUGAAAACUUUGUACACGU